AUGGACUCUCAGCCCAACUACAAGCUCGUUGUCUCUCGCGGAACAUCUCCGCACUUAAAUUACUUUCACAGAACCAGCGAUAGCUCAACUAGGGCAGCAGCCCAAUACGUCUGGUCCCCACAUGUCGCAAAGCUCGAACUUUGUUUCCGCCUAUCAAAGCUCUCAUACGAAAGCAAUUCUGGUGGCCCUCUCAACGUUCCGAGAGGCAAGAUACCCUGUGUUGAGAUCUCCACCCCCGGAAGCCCUUCAGAGUGGGUAGCAGACUCUCUAAUUGCUAAAGAUUUCAUCCAUAGAGGUCUGCUGCAAGACAUGAACGCCAGGAUAAGCGGAAAAGAAACGGGGCAAGAUCUUGCAAUUCGCGCAUUGCUGGAAUACAAGCUCUUCUUCUACAAUGCACACGAACGGUGGACCAACAACUACUACACUGUGCUUCCACAGCGCUACUUGUUUGGUUACUUCCAAGGGACAGGGCGCUUUAUGGACGGGGAAAUUCACACCUUCCGCGAAGAGAUAUGGGCAGGCGUGCAUGUAAUAUUGGAAGACAGCCGGAGGAAGGCGACACAGGGAGAGUGUUUCUGGGUGUCAGGUGGCGAUGAACCUUGCGAAGCUGAUGCUACAGUAUAUGGCUUCGCAAUCAGUGCACUGGUAAGUGACUCCGGGCCGAUGGGCGGAGACCUGGUGAAAUCGGAGUGCCCUGCAGUGUUGGAGUACGCCACAAAAAUCCAUCAACGGUACUUUCCUGAUCAUGAGGUCUGGAAGUAGCAGUGCU